CAUGUGAUGUCCCAACCCUUUUGUAAGAAGCAAUACCAAUGUUGUUGAUUUUGAGUCAACGGUCGAAUAAUUACACAGGAUUGAAAACGGUUCAACUUUAAAUGCUCAACAAUUAUACAGUUAGGUCCUUAGUUCAAGAACCAUUCAAAGCGCCAACAACGAAAACUGCAGGUGAAAUUGUGGCAGGCCUAUCUCUCAUAAUUAAUGAGAAGAGGAAACAAAUCAAAUACGGCGAUUUUGAUACUUAUAAAGGGCCUACACUUCUGUGGCGAGUUGGACCGAAUUUGUUGCGUGUGAGUCUGCGAGCUGCGUGAAACAUGAUUCCAGGAUUCCAAAGUAUCGUUAUUCCUCGCAGCCUGUGCGAAAAUUAUCGCACGCGGGCGUAUAAAAUAGUGCUUAUUCCUACGCGCAUGGUGAUGUUAGGCCUCGGUCUUAUGCCUUUCAUGCAUACAUGCAUGUUAGCCCACAUCCAUAAUACGAUAGAUUACUAAUGCUAAAUUAAACACCACUGUGAAAUAAACCAUCAUGAAAGUAAGCUUAAACCUAUCCAGUGCCAGUAAUGGGAUGUGCUGUGAGUUCAGGGUCAACACUGGACGUAAGUAGCAGCGAGGAAUCCUUCAGCAACUUGUCAUUAUUUACUUCAAAGAAAGCAGUGUCAAUCCGAGAAACACUCCCCGGACAGCUAUCCGAUUCGGAUUUAACUGAGACAUUAGAUGUCAAACAACCGAUCGGCGACAAACUCAGACACGCAAGGGGCUCCGCGAUCGAAAUAGUCUCGUUGACCUCUUUUGCGUGCAGUCCUGGACGAGUCCUCCUUCCAUUGAGAAACCAACAACGACAGAAGUCCGCUGCUGGAGCGAUCAGGAAAAAAACAAAAAGUGAUGAGAUCACCGGUGUCUUGUCUCCAAGCAAACCUCUUGCCACUGUAUCGCACUCAGCACUCAACCGUGAGAUCGACCAGACUGCAUCAAGGAGGGCCCACCAGACAGGUCUCCGACCUGACCGGAAAUUUUCCAGCUUGCCUAUAAUUCACAAGAGAGCCCGGUGCCGUAUUAAGUUUCUGGCACCCCUUCGAUUUAGGAAAGUUCGUUCCGACGACCCGAUUUGCCGCGCAUUCUUCCCGAUCGAACUGCCGCAGUCUCGCCAUCAACUCGUCACCGCGGUCAAACAAACGUCCGAAGAUAUCAUGUCAGAAUGUGGUAACCCUAACGCUAAAAAGAAAGAGCUUAGAAUGUCUGAUUUUGGGUUGGAGCAAAACGAUUUCUCGCUAUCCGAUUGUGAAAGAAGCGAGGACACGUUCACGUCAGACUCCAUCGGCCCAACUCGGAUUCUUCCAAGACCCUAUGCCCGCGUGCUGUCCUCGGAUUCAAGUUUAGGCAAUGAGUGUGAUCAGAAUGCGACCUACGACUCCGAAGAUAUUUCAGCCGACGAAAGCCCGCCGUGUGACGAGUUCUCGACACCCGCUGUUCUAUCCCUUUUGGACCACAUCGACGGGUCCAACUCUUCCGAGGACAUGUCUGACAUCAGCUCUACCUACCCAGUGUCCUCAGACUCCGACUCCUCCAGGAGCAUAAACGAUGUGUCUGACGAGGGGUUCUCCGACACGUCCUGCACUCUCGGAGCUGUUGACCUAUCUGGUCUUCACAUCAUGCCCAAGAUUUUUAACCCAUCCAACAAACAUCCAGCCAGUGCACCGAUUCUUUAUCAAGCCAACAAUGUCGGUUCUGAUUCGGCAGUCAAACAUGAUCGUGGCUUGGGUGAUAACUUACAGAACUCGGCGUCACGUCCUGUAUCAGCAAUUAUGGCGAGAGGCACAACUCUCGGCAAAUCGGCAAGUUUUCAGACUACGAGAAGAUUAACAACGAAGCGGACCCAUCCUUCUAUCAGAUCCAUGGUCUUAGGAGAUCAUAGUCAAGGUUGCGACAAAGUGAUGUCACCGGCUUUUAGCUACGCCAAUAUUCAUCUCCACGUCAAUUUCUUCAAUGAUUUUGGAGACAAUUUUGACGAUGAGCAAGACUUCCUUUGACACCAACAGGCUCCGAUCACUUGUUUCUUUUCUCCUGACCAAGCCCGGUUAAUGCUGACCGUUCAUCUCCGUUAAACAGUGGUCUUAUGGUAGAUUGUUUGCUUUGCAUUUCCUGUGUGUACAGUUAUUUAUUACACCGUUUAUGAAUGAAAGUAUGACACCCAGAGGUGCUAUAACAAGGCAGUUACUGCAGUAUGUAUAGAGAGUGUUUUCUGAAUCACACCAUGACAUUGUCUUUGCAACUUCAGACUUGCAUUUAACAAGUUAUCCCAGACACUGAAAAAUCGGAUGAGAAAAACAUGAAACGCCGAGGCUCGUUAAGAAUAAAAAAUAAAAAUAAGGGAGUUAGUGGCCGGCCAUUUAACAGGUUCGUCGAUGCUCAUGUGUGAUGACUCUUGUGUGAUGACAUAAUGAAGUAAAAAUAAAUACUUAAAUCUUCUUGCCACAAGUGCGUAUUUAUCAUCAUCGACGUCGGUCAUUCAUCCGUCCUCAUUCCCAGCCUCUGCUGAGUAACUCAAGUAUGGCUUUUGUUUGUUUUCCGACAGAAAAACAUUAACAUCAAACCUUUUCAAAUUUGCGUAACAUAUGACUCGAACUGUUUUGAAUUUGAUUGUACAUGUACUUCUUUUAUUUUCAGAAAAAUAACUGAAAUUUUAUUUACAUCAAAAUUAUUAAAUAUAAUUUUUGCACACUAAAUGCCAUAUUGGAAUUUUGCAUUGAUAUUUCAGCCAUUGUUGUAAUGUAAGGAAGUUUGCCUUUCUGUAGUCGGUUUCCAGAAGGAUUCCAAAUACCAGACAAAGUCAUUAAUAAGAGGUCCACUUGUUACAACAAAAAACCUGUGCUGUCAGGAUUGAAACUAAUGAAAAUCCAUUUAAACCAUUGGGACUUAAAAAUUUCCUUGACGUAAAGCAGAGAGUUGUAUUAAAAGUGCUGUUAUUAA